AUGUCCUUGUACGGAGUGUGUGCUUAUCCAUCAAGUAAUCGGGCUACAGCAUAUGAUCAUCUUGUGGUUAAUGGUAUUAUACCAUCCUAUGAUACUUGGUUUUGUCAUGGUGAGUCUCUAAAGGGAUCAAACAAUGCUGAAGCAAAUAAUCGCAGUCAGUCAACUCAAAGGGGCGAUGAUAUGAGAGGAAUGAUACAUGAUGCAUUUGCAGGUGUUACACAGUUCAUGGAUACUGACGUUAGUGAAUUAGGUGGCAUAGAGCAUAACUUACAAGAAAAUACUGCACAUCCAUCUGGAAAUCAACCACAUCGAGAGGAUGCGCUGCCUGAAGGAGAAAAAUUGCCUCCUUCUUUCUAUGAGACCAAAAAGAUAGUUGAAGGCUUGGGCUUAAAGUAUGAGAAAAUUCAUGCUUGUCCCAAUAAUUGCAUGCUUUUUAGGAAAGAGUUUGCUAAUAAGAAUGUCAAUAAAUGCAAUGUUUGUGGAGCUUCUAGAUGGAAAAAUGAUGCUAGAAAAAUCCCAGCCAAGGUCCUAAGGUAUUUUCCUUUAAAACCAAGGCUACAAAGACUGUUUAUGUCUUCGGAAACUUCUAAAGCAAUGCAUUGGCAUCAAGAAGAGUGCAACAAAGAUGGAGUUCUACGACAUCCUGCAGAUUCUGAAUCUUGGAAAAAAUUUGAUAGUAAAUAUCCCGAAUUUGCUGGAGACCCUCGUAAUGUGCGCCUAGGACUAGCUUCUGAUGGGUUCAAUCCAUUUGGCACAAUGCGAACUGUUCAUAGUACAUGGCCAGUGAUUUUAAUGCCAUAUAAUCUUCCUCCAUGGAUGUGCAUGAAACAAGAGUUCUUCAUUCUGUCCUUACUUAUUCCUGGACCCAAAGCGCCUGGCAAUAAUAUCGAUGUAUUUUUGCAACCUCUAAUAGAAGAGUUAAAUGAAUUAUGGGAUGUUGGGGUAGAAACAUACGAUGCCUCUACUAAGGAGAUCUUUCAAAUGCGAGCAGCUCUCAUGUGGACUAUAAAUGACUUUCCUGCAUAUGGUACUCUCUCUGGAUGGUGCACUUAUGGUCAGUUUGCAUGCCCUUCUUGUAACAUAAACACUCAAUCUAGAAGGCUGAAACAUGGAAGAAAGUUUUGUUACAUGGGGCAUCAACGCUUCUUGAAGUCGGGACACAAAUAUCGGAAUGAUGCGAAAUUAUUUGAUGGGACUAAAGAAACAAGACCUGCACCUUCUCCAGUAUCUAGGUCAGUAGUGCUGAAUCAAGUUAAAGAUAUAAAAUUUACUCUCGGCCAGUCAAGUGAAGGGGUAAGUGGGGUGAUGAAAAAUACAUGGAAAAAGAGAAGUAUUUUUUUCGAUCUUCCUUAUUGGAAAUUUAACUUGGUGCACCAUAAUCUUGAUGUGAUGCACAUAGAAAAGAAUGUGUGCGAUAACUUAAUUUAUACACUAUUGAAUCUUGGUAAAAAGUCUAAAGACAACUUAGAAGCUCGAUUGGACUUGAAGGAGAUGAAAAUAAGACCAAGCUUAUGGCCUCAAUAUCGAGCUAGUGGGAGAGCAUAUCUUCCUACUACUUUUUUCACAAUGUCUCAGCAGGAAAAGGACUUAUUUUAUGAAGUACUACAAAAUGCCAAGUUUCGAGAUGGCUAUGCGUCUAAUAUUUCACGUUGCGUUCGCAAACGAAAGUUAUCUGGGCUAAAAACUCACGAUUGUCAUGUUAUAAUGCAAGAACUUCUUCCUCUUGCCUUGCGGAGAUCAGUAGAUAAAAGA